GGGGUGGGACAUGAUGGGGCAUAUUUAUACAGAGAACUAUGGGGCAAGAGGGACCCUGCUGGAUUUCAGGGCUUGGGGAUCAGCUCCCUCCCAUAGUGCUUUAGGGGGGUCUGGCAGGAUCUAGGGCAGCCCCCCUCCCCCUACCAGGUCCCCCUAGCCAGGGAAUCAGGACACCUGGGGGUGGGAGUGAGUGGGGCAGCAGGGCAUGGUCAUGGAUACAAGCACCAGGACACCUGGGUUCUCUCCCAGCCCCAGGAAAAGAAUAGGAUUUGGUGCAUGAGAGCAGGGGGAAGCUGAGAGCUUAGACUCCUGGGUUCUAUUUAAAGCUGCUUCUACCUUCCAAGAGACACCCCCACCCCCCUGCCCCACAUCAUCCCAUAGUCCCCACCCUGCCCUCCCCCAAUCCCAUCCACCCAGGGCGUCUGAAUGAACCUGGGCAUGGGACAGAGUGGGGGGGACACCGUCUGGCAGCCUUGCCUCCUCCCCCACCCCCCCUGUUCCUUUCCUCCUUGAUCUUUCCCCCUCCUGGCUAAUCCCCUCACCAACCCCCAGUGACGUAGCAGUGUGACGGGGGCAUUAAGCUAGUUGGGGGGGGGCAAUGGGGACCCACCCCCCAGUGCCAGCUGCUGCCAGAUCCCCCUUCGCCUCUGCAGGAGACGGGCACCGGCCCAGGUAACGCAGCACCAGUGGGGUCAGGGUCUUCCUUGGGCAGGGCUGGGAUCUGAUGGGAAAGGAGUAGGUGAGUAGGGCAGCUGGGGAUAGUAGUGGGCACAGCAGCUGGCACCUGGGUUGUACCCCUGUACCAAGAGGGGAAGUGGGGUCUGGUGGGUGAGAGCAGAGAGGCUGGGGAGCCAGGAUGCCUGGGUUCUCUUCUAGCUCUGGGAAGGGAGUGGGGCUGGAGAAGAGUUGGGAGUUCAGACAUCUGGGUUCUAUCCCUACACUUGGAGAGGAGCUGGAGUAGAUGUGAGGGAGCCUGAAGCUGGGACCACCUGGGUUCCCUUUUACCCCCUCCCCCCACCUCCGCUUAUAUUCCUUCUUAUACCCAUGUCCUGUGUUCUCUCUUACACACCCAGUCACACAUGCCCCAUCCCUCUUGCACACGUCCCAAAAUCCCUCUCACGCGCACACACACAUGCCCUGAGCUCCCUCUUACACACCCCCACACACCCCUUGUAUUCCCUCUUACACCCAUGUCCUAUGUUCCCUCUUACACACCCAGUCACACAUACACCCCCUGAGUCCCCUCUUACACACCCGUACGACUCUCCUCUGCCCCACCAGUGGGGGCAAAAGAAAACCUCAGUCAUUCCUCUACAGCUGGGGGCUAUAGCAUCUGCCCCAUACCCCAUCCCCUCCAGGGUGGGGGGAGGGCACCAUCCCUAAUCCAGCCCCAGUCCUUCAGGGCUGCCAGUUCUAAUCCUACCCUGGAUGUAGUGCCUGAGAGUUCAGUGUCUCUCCUGCAGGCCCUGUGGGUUCCCUGGGGGCUAUAAUUCCUCCCCACCAGCCGCCGCCUCCAGAGCUCUAUUAGCGCUAAGAUUACUCAGUGCUACAGGAAAGAAAUUGGAAAAUCUUCCCUGCUGACAUGGAUUAUCGGGAGGGGGAAGGUCCCAGCUGCUACUCAGGCCCUGGAGAAACUCAGCCCCAGAAACAGCAAAGUUCCCAGCUCAGGGCCCAGGUCCCAUCCUUGCCCUGGAGCCGGGUCACCUGGGUUUUUCCCUACUCUGGGAGGCAGUGAGGUCUGGAGGCUUAGAGCAGGGGGAGCUGGGAGUCAGGACUCCUGGGUUCUCUCCCUGGUUUGGGGAGGCAAGUGGGGUUAGCGCAGGGGUGGGCAAUUAUUUCGGGCAGAGGGCCGCUCACAGAGUUUUGGUAAGCCAUUGAGGGCUGCAUGACAGGCAGCAAGGGGCAGAUCAAUAUUAAUUUUCUAAGUUUUUUAGGGGCCCUGCAGGCCAGAUAGAAUGGCCUGGUGGGCUGCAUCCAGCCUGCGGGCCACGUUUGCCCACCCCUGGGUUAGACAGUAUCAGUGCAAAGGGACUGGGAGCCCUAUCAGGGCAAGGCCCCCACCCCAUGCCCACCCCCUGGAUUGGGGCCAGCACCCCCUGGAGGGGAAAGGCCUCUGCCCCUCACCACCCAAGAAGGCAGCAGGGAUUGGACCCCUAGAAGUGGCAGGGGGAUCCUGGGCUGGCUGCACAUAAGGUCCCCACCAGGUAGCCCUUCCUCCACCCCUGAGCCAUUCCCCUCGUGGGUGGCUGGAGGGGAAGGAGAUCCCACAACAGGCCCCCCAGGGGUGCCUGUCCAGGGAGCAGGGGACAAUAUUCCUUCCUCCCUGGAGCCCUUGGAUGGUGAACCUAGGUGUCCUGGUCACAUACCAGGUGAAGAAACAGCCCUUGCCAUCACUUCCUGUCCCAAACUCUUCCAUAACUGCAGAACAGCCUCCCUGGAGCCAGCUGGGAAGGGGGUUAGAAGGGUCAGUGUGGGGCAGGAUGCCUCCCAGUUCUGGGACAGGAGUAGGGGCCAAUGACUUAGAGCAGGAGGACUGGGAGCCAGGACACCUGGGUUCUGUCCCAAGGCUGGGAGGGGAGGGGUGUGUGUCGGGUUACAGCUGGGAUGGGGGGGAGCCUGGAUUCUCUCCCAGCUCAAAGUGGACAGUGCCAUAUCAGUGUUAGAGCAAAGCGGAUGCAGAAAGCCCAGAUGUCUGGGUUCUCUCCCUCCUCAGGGGUCUCUCCACCUGCCUGCAACCCAGGCCUGGGGUUCCCAGUCUCCUUCUCCCACCCCCCCCCAACAUUGUGCCAGGUGAUCCCACUCCCCCACCACGAUGACAAACCAUGUGGAGGUGCCCCUGGGGGACAGGCCCCAUCUCAGCCUGGAGCCGCUCCCCAAGCCCUGCGUGGACAAGCACUGCAGCUGGCUGACCCGCAACCUCCUGCUCUCCCUCACCAUCCUGGGUGUUAUUCUAGGCUCUGUGUUUGGGAGUCUCCUGCGACUGCUCCCACCCCUGGACAGUGACCUCAUCAUGCUGAUUUCUUUCCCUGGAGAUAUUCUCAUGCGCAUGCUCAAGAUGCUCAUCUUACCUCUGAUCAUCUCCAGCCUCAUUUCAGGGCUGGCGGGGCUAGAUGCCAGGUCGAGUGGGCGCAUGGGCACGCGAGCCAUGGUGUAUUACGUGUGCACCACGGUGCUGGCGGCUGUGCUGGGCGUCAUCCUGGUCCUCACCAUCCACCCGGGCAACCCUGAGUUGAAGCGGGCACCGGGCACGGGUGAACGCAAUGAGGAGGUCUCCAGCCUGGAUGCCUUCCUGGACCUCAUCCGCAACCUGUUCCCCGAGAACCUGGUGCAGGCCUGCUUCCAGCAGAUCCAGACAGUGACCCAGAAGGUCACGGUGGCACCUGAGGUGGUGAGGCAAGAGAACGUGAGCCAGGGCCUCCAUGCCAACCUGACCCUGGUCAAUGCCACCGUCACUGAGAUCAACCUGGGGCCCACCACCAUCACCCAGAAGCGGCUGGAAUUCAAGCCAGGGAUGAACGUGCUGGGGCUGAUCGGGUUCUUCAUUGCCUUCGGCAUCGCCAUGGGGAAGCUGGGCGAGGCAGCCCGGCCCAUGGCCGAUUUCUUCAACAUCCUCAAUGAGAUCAUCAUGCAGCUUGUCUCCAUGAUCAUGUGGUACUCACCCUUUGGCAUCGCCUCCCUGAUCUGUGGCAAGAUCGCAGCCAUCAAGGACCUGGAGCUGGUGGCACGGCAGCUAGGGCUCUAUGUACUGACAGUGAUGCUGGGCCUGGCACUGCACGGUGCCCUGAUCCUGCCCCUCAUCUUCUUUGGCAUCACGCGCCAGAACCCCUUCACCUUCUAUGGUGGCAUCUUCCAGGCCUGGGUCACUGCCCUGGGCACCGCCUCCAGUGCCGGGACACUGCCCGUGACCUUCCGGUGCCUGGAGGAGAACCUGCACAUCGACCGGCGGGUGACGCGCUUCGUGCUGCCCAUUGGUGCCACCAUCAACAUGGAUGGCACUGCACUCUAUGAGGCUGUGGCUGCCAUCUUCAUUGCCCAAAUGAACAGCAUCGUCCUUGACAGCGGCCAGAUUGCCACCGUCAGCCUGACAGCCACCCUGGCCAGCGUGGGUGCAGCCAGCAUCCCCAGUGCAGGGCUGGUGACCAUGCUGCUGAUCCUGACAGCUGUGGGGCUGCCCACCCAGGACAUCAGCCUCCUCAUCGCCGUGGACUGGCUGCUGGACCGCAUGCGAACCUCCAUCAACGUUGUGGGUGACUCCUUUGGCGCCGGCAUCGUGCACUACCUGUCGCGGGCCGAGCUGGCUGCCAUUGAUGCACGGACCGAGGGGUGUGACUCUGACCCUGCCACCCUCAAGCUGCAGGCGCUGGGCAACCAUCAGGGGCCACUAGAGGGCACUGGUGCAGGAUACACAGCGCUGUCCACCCAGGGGGAUGAGAAUGAGGAGCAGGGGGAGAAGCCUGAAGUCCCACCAGAGCAUGAGGAUGAGGGGUCCAUGGUGUGUACAGAGAACGAGGAAGAGGAGGAGAAGAAAGAGACUGAUGAAUAGCAGAGCGGCAGGGAGGGGGUGGGGUCACUGCUGUAUCAAUUAUUCACCUGGAUUUAUUGGGGGGGGGGUAGGGG